AGAGAGAGAGAGAGAGAGAGAGAAUAAGGUCGCCUUUGGAAUAAGAACGGCGGCCGCUGCUGGAGAUCCGGGUUUAAUCCGGGUACUUUUGGAUUAUAGAGAGGAGAUACCGACCCCCGCGGAUCCGCGAGGUGAAACGGAGCGACCGGCGGUCGGUUAUUACACGCUAAACCCCCCAACCAACCCCCCCGCGCGCCGCGCGCCGCCGCCGCGAGAAACAAUGUAUCUAACCGCGUCCGACUGAAGUUACCGUCGCCGGAGCUCGAGCUCGGGCUGCUGUACACCACUGGUUGCGCGGAGAAGCACCGGGAAACCGGGAGCAGGACGGGGAGCAGGACUGCAGGACGCGCUGUUGUUUGAAAGAGGCAGCAGGACCUGGAUGAUCUGCGGGGCUGUGAGGAGGUCCAACUAGAAGUAGAAGAACGAAAGAAGAAGAAUAAGUAGAAGGAAAGUGGUGUUGUGUGGCGAUGGAACGAUGUAAUGAUAGAGUGAUGCACUGAUGGACUGAUGACUAAUGCGAUUUAUGUGAUGGAAAGUGCUCCCUUCGUAGUUAUACCUCCAUCGCCUUUUCGGCGUCAACCGCUGUGGUAGUUCGUUCCAAUUACCAAAAGCCAUCAAAUCCAUUUUUAUGUGGUUUAUUCCUGUUGAGAAGUGGUCAGAAAUGCUGGACACUAAUGGAAAAGUUGGAAAACGUUCUAGGGCACUUCAACCCUAAUCACUGCACCGACUGCUGUCCUCUUGUGACCUCCUCGUUACAACCCUCGCUCUGAAAGGGAACGCCCAACCAGUCCAGACCUUUGGUGAACGUUGGUGAAGAUUGGUGACUUGAUGACAUAGUAAUUAAUACCUGUGGAAUAAGCCUUGGGAUUGGAUUAUAAACCUGGAGUCUGACUCACUGUGAAGUAAAGUGAAGUCACUAUUGACAUGAUGGAUUGGGGUGUUGAUGGUGAACCUGGUCACUGUUGACCCACCAGGCUUUGGCAACCUGGAAGGCGCCAAAGUCACCCUGCUUUAGUCACUAUGCGUUGAGAUCAUUUUUAAUCUUCAACAAGAGAGUAUUUUCUGUUGUUUAUUGUUAAAGAUAAAAGUACAGAAUGUUUAAUUCAUUCAACUGUUAAUUUGGCGAAUAAUCCUUGCAUAUCUUGACAUCGCAAAGUUUUACAUGUGAUAUUCUGUGUCAUUAUAUACGAUAUUUAAGAUUUGAUUCAAUGUUUAACCACCCAUGCCUUAUUAUUCAAGUACCCAACUGCGCAAGCAAGUACUAAGAUGAAUCCGAAUAUUCGUAUACUCAACUAGCCACGCCCACCCUGACUCCUUUCCAUCAUGGCUCAGACCAGUUUGCUGCAGGGGAAGCGCUUCUAUUGCCGGGAAUGGGUCUUCCACAAGAUCCAGCACUGCCUUCAGGAGAAGACCAACAACCUCACGGCUGGAACCUCCGGCACGCCGAGCAGCACCGGUGGACCUCCAAACCCAGGGGGUGGAGCUUCAUCCGGCACGGGAAAGUCAGGUUCCUGGGGGGUUCUUCUGGUCGGAGGUCCGGGAAGUGGUAAAACGGCGCUCUGCACCGAGUUCCUCUGGCCCACCGCCCCUCAGGGCGCCCACCGCGGCCUCCACCAGCUCUGCCUGGCCUUCCACUUCUGCCGGGCAGAGGACGCCGACACCGUGUGCCUGAGUGGCUUCGUUCGGGGGCUGGUGGCUCAGAUCCGAGCUGGGGGUCUCGUCCCUCAGUACGAGGAGAAGAUCCGAGACCCUGCCGUCCAGAGCGCCCUGCAGCCCGGAGAGUGCGAGAGGAACCCCAGUGAAGCCUUCAAAAGGUGUGUGCUGUUGCCGUUGCUGAGCUGUAAGCCCCCCCCUCAGGCCCUGUUCCUGCUGGUGGACUCUGUGGAUGAAGGCGUGAAGGCGGCGGAGGGCGAGUCCAGGUCCAGCGCCUCCAGCCCCCGCAGCAUCGGAGAACUGCUGGCCGCCCACCACGAGCUCCUCCCCCCCUGGCUCCUCCUCAUCUGCUCCGGACGACGGCAGAACAAGAACAUCACCAAGCUCUUCACAGGUUUCCGCAAGAUCAGUCUGGAUGACCUGCGCAAGGCGUACAUCGUUAAGGAUGUUCAGCAGUACAUCCUCCACAGGCUGGACCAGGAGGAGGCGCUACGGCAGCACCUCACCAAGGAGACGGCGGAAAUGCUCAACCAGCUUCAUAUCAAGAGCAGCGGCUGCUUCUUGUACCUGGAGCGCGUCCUCGACGGCGUGGUGGAGAAUUUCAUCAUGCUCCGCGAGAUCCGCGACAUCCCGGGAACGCUGAACGGACUCUACCUGUGGCUCUGCCAAAGACUUUUUGUCAGGAAGCAAUUUGCCAAAGUGCAGCCCAUACUGAACGUAAUUCUGGCUGCUUGCAGGCCUCUGACCGUGAAGGAGCUGUACCACGCUGUGUGGACUAAAAACAUGACCCUGACCAUGGAGGAGUUCCAGAAAAAGAUGGACAUUCUCACAAAAUUGCUUGUGGAUGGACUCGGAGGCACUAAGAUCCUCUUUCACUACAGCUUCGCCGAGUGGCUUCUGGACGUCAAGCACUGCACUCAGAAAUACCUGUGCAACGCUGCCGAGGGUCACCGCAUGAUGGCCAUGAGCUACACCUGCAGAGCCAAGCAGCUGAAACCUCUGGAGGUGCAGGAGUUUGCUGUUCACCUCAUCAACUCCAACCUCCAGAUUGAACCCUUUAACCUGGCCCUGUGGAUGGUAUGGAACGGCACGCCUGCGAAAGAUUCGCUUUCUACAUCCAUCCCCAAAGAGCAGGAGGUGUUGCAGCUGCUGGUCAAAGCUGGAGCCCACAUCAACAAUGAGGAUGACCACGCUUCGUGCAUCGUGCAGCAGGCACUGGAACGUGAGGACUCCAUUCGGACCCUGCUUGACAAUGGAGCCUCGGUCAACCAAAGUGAUUCCAGUGGACGGACCCUGCUGGGUAACGCUGCAUACAGUGGCAACCUAGAUGUGGUGAAUCUGCUCAUUUCGAGGGGUGCCAACAUGGAGCUACAGGAUAACCACGGACAGACACCCCUCACUCUUGCUGCCAGGCAAGGUCACACCAAAGUUGUCAACUGCCUGAUUGGUUGCGAUUCCAAUAUUAACCACACGGAUCACGACGGAUGGACUGCCUUACGGUCUGCUGCCUGGGGUGGUCACUCUGAGGUGGUCUCUGCACUCCUCUAUGCAGGUGCCAAGGUUGACUGUGCAGAUGCAGACAGCAGAACUGCGCUCAGGGCUGCCGCAUGGGGAGGUCAUGAGGAUAUUGUCCUCAAUCUCCUCCAGCAUGGCGCAGAGGUCAACAAGGCUGACAAUGAAGGAAGGACUGCACUCAUCGCUGCAGCGUAUAUGGGGCACAGAGAGAUCGUUGAGCACCUGCUGGACCACGGCGCUGAGGUAAACCACGAGGACGUCGAUGGACGGACAGCACUUUCCGUCGCAGCUCUUUGUGUGCCAGCUAGUAAAGGUCACGCUUCAGUGGUCAGCCUCCUUAUUGAUCGCGGAGCAGAAGUGGACCACUGCGAUAAAGACUGCAUGACCCCUCUUCUGGUCGCUGCCUACGAAGGUCACGUGGAUGUAGUAGACUUGCUUCUAGAAGGGGGAGCAGAUGUUGACCACACUGACAACAAUGGAAGAACUCCCCUUCUUGCGGCCGCAUCGAUGGGACACGCUUCUGUGGUCAACACGCUGCUGUUCUGGGGUGCCGCCGUAGACAGCAUUGAUAGCGAAGGAAGGACAGUGCUUAGCAUUGCAUCUGCUCAAGGGAAUGUGGAAGUGGUCCGAACUCUGCUGGACAGAGGUCUGGACGAGAACCACAGAGACGACGCAGGCUGGACACCCUUGCACAUGGCAGCGUUUGAGGGACAUAGACAAGUGUGUGAUGCCCUGCUUGAACAAGGUGCACGAUGCUCAGAGGUGGACAAUGAUGGACGAAUACCCUUGAUUCUGGCAGCUCAGGAGGGACAUUAUGACUGCGUACACAUCCUCCUUGAGAAUAAGUCCUGCAUCGAUCAGAGAGGGUAUGAUGGGAGGAACUCUCUUAGGGUGGCGGCUCUGGAGGGACACAGGGAUAUUGUUGAACUUUUGCUGAGCCACGGAGCCGACAUAGACUAUAAUGAUGCAGAUGGCCGCCCAACAUUAUACAUACUGGCUCUUGAGAAUCAGCUCGCCAUGGCAGAGUACUUCUUGGAGAAUGGUGCAAACGUGGAGACGAGUGAUACAGAGGGAAGAACAGCGCUCCACGUAUCGUGCUGGCAAGGCCAUGUGGAAAUGGUGAGGUUGCUGAUCAGCUACCAUGCGGAUGUAAACUCUUGCGAUAAUGAAAAACGAUCUGCACUUCAGUCUGCUGCAUGGCAAGGGCACUCGAAAGUCGUCCAGUUUUUGAUCGACAGCGGCACUCACGUCGACCACACGUGCAAUCAAGGUGCAACCGCACUUGGCAUUGCUGCUCAGGAGGGGCACAUCGAUGUAGUCCGGAUACUGCUGGAACACGGUGCAGAUCCAAACCACGCAGACCAGUUUGGCCGCACAGCAAUGAGAGUCGCUGCAAAAGGAGGACACUCGGGUAUCAUCAAACUGUUGGAGAAAUAUGGUGCCUCGAGUCUCAACGGCUGCAAUCCCUCACCGAUACACACCAUGGAACAGAAAACUCCACUGGCAGUCACAGGAAAGAUGCAGUCGCUCACUAUCAAAUCCAGCAGUUCUGGGAGCACAGGAGCUGGAGACAUCCAGUCAGGAGGUCGGGGAUUAUCAAACGGACCUAUUCACGCUUUCAGUUCCCCUUCUGAGUCCCCAGAUUCUACUGUGGACAGACAGAAAUCCUCCCUUUCCAACAACUCCCUCAAAAGCUCAAAGAACUCUUCUCUAAGAACCACUUCGUCCACCUCGACGGCCCAGACAGUACCCAUAGACAGUUUCCACGGGCUCAGCUUCACCGAGCAGAUCCAGCAGCACUCGCUGCCUCGCAGUCGCAGCAGGCAGUCUAUAGUAUCCCCUUCUUCAACCACCAAGUCUAUUGGCCCACAGCCUGGAUCUCCAACCGGUGACUUCGACUGGAGUCAGGUGAAGCCAGGACUGAAGUCCUCAAAAGGGGGAAAGAGUGGAAAUGGCACGAACAACUGCUCAAAAAAGGAAGGGUCUGGAGACAAGAAGAAAUCGAAGAACAGCAGCAUCGCCCUUCCGCAGGGUCAGGUCCUGGAAUACGAGAUGACUCAGUUUGAUAAGCGUAUCACUUUCAACAAGCCAGUGUCCAACAUCUCUGUGAAGGACCCUCACUGUAAAAUCGUGGUGGGUGGUCCGAACCCUCUGGAUCAUCCGUCCGUGCAAUCGCAGGAGCCGUACUACAUCCAGCAGCUGAGCUCCAGCGCUGAGAAGAAGCGGAACGGGAUCAUGACCAACCCCAACUACCACCUGCAGGGAAAUCAAGUCUUUCUAGGGAGGGUCUCGGUCCCCAGGACUGUGCACAACAGGGGACAUCAGGAAGUUCUCGACAACUACCCGAUAGGGGAGACGGAAUUAAGCCUUAAACAAGCUCUGAAGCUGCAGAUUGAAGGAUCGGACCCCGGGUUUAACUACAAGAAAGAGACGCCGCUAUAACUGGCAUCUUGAACCGAAGCCAUCGUCCUGACGUUACGGAGAACGUGCCAAAGCAACUCUAUUCAUCCGCAGAAAGAGAUCUGGGGUCGCAUGUAUGACGUUGCUCAGAGCAAUAGUGCUUGAUCUAGGAUCAGGUUUGAAGUAUUCUGUUUCCCACCACGGUUCAGUGUAAGGUAAAUUCAGUUACGCCUCCAGAGAGGGACUGAUUGUAGACCGGCACGCACAUUCUGGACAUUAUCCACACAUACAUACAUACAUACAUACAUACAUACAUACGCUCCCAGACGUCAUCACCCGCCGCUGCUGUGGAACGCCGCAGAGAAAAGCAGAAACCAACGAGGGAGGACUGAAUCUGAUCCCCCGAGGGAAGAAUGUUGAUUGCAGCAGAACUGAGGCUAUUAAGGCUAAAUAUAAUGAACUGAAUUUCUAUGUGCCUACCGAUGUUACAGCCUACUCGUACUAUUCAUGCAUCAUUUUAAUUUAAUGUAUUGAUAUUUAAUAUGCAGUGUAUGCACUUUUUAUUUGAAAUGAGAAAGAAAUCCAAAUCACUUAUGUUCACUUUUCUUUCAUUUAUCUUGAUUUCUGGUGCUUGUUCUGUUUUUAUUUUUUUCUUUGUUUGUAUUUCGUUUUUUAAUCAAAGUACUUUAAAGUUUGUAAGUGUUUAUGUCUGUUUCACAGUCUAUGUUUUACGUCAUUUUUACGUCAUUUUUUUCUGCCUGUAUAAAAAGUGCAACAGAAGCACAGCAGCGUUCCCACCCCGUGUGUCGUCCUCUGGAACACCUCCAAAAAAUCCUAAAUCCAACCCGUCUCUCUCCUGAGUCUCGUUCAGAAUAGUAGUUCAAAAUCCUGAAUUAAACAGCAUCAUAUUAAAUAUAGCAGCCGCAGAUUAUUCAGAUUACUCAGAUUCAGUGUAAUCAACCAUAUUUAUUUUGAAAAGGAAAAAACAAAUUUCAGUUAUGAUACGUAUGUAAGUGUGUAUAUAUAUAUAUAUAUAUAUAUAUAUAUAUAUAUAUAUAUAAAUAAUGGUUGCUAUCAUACAACAAUCUUGUAUUUCCAAAUAAAUAUAUAUUAGUAAUAACAUUCAGUGGAAGUCAAUCUAUGUAAAUAGAUUUGAUCAUUUUAAGUCAUUUUAGAGCAUUUUAUUGGUCUAGUUAUCAUUAAAUUCUUUUUUUUUUUUUUUGCAUGACAGUCAUUUUGACUGCAAAAAUCUUAAUUUUUGUCGUUUUUGACUUUUUGUCAUACUUUAAAUCUGGGAGAUGUUCUUUAACUAAUAUCAGAAUUUCAUGAUCAGUGGACCAAUAGAAAUGUUCCAAAAUGGCUCUGAAUAAAAUCUGAUUACAUUGACUUCCAUUUAAAAUUAAUUAAUUUUUUCUGUAAAGUUGCUAUUUUCGAAAUACAAGUUAUUGACUGAAAGUGACGAUUUUCUAUAUAUGUAUAUGUAUAUAUAUUAAAGUUAUGUUUUGCUAUAUCAUGGUGCUGUGUGCAGCUUUGGCCUGCAGUUUUAAUUCUGUUUCACCUUUAUUGCCUACAGCGUUGUAUGACAGUCUUACUUACGUUAAAAUACUUACGUUAAAUUCAUACUGUGUGUAUUGUAGUAUUAUUAUUAUUGGUGCCCUGAGGGCGGGGCUUACCUGACCCCACCUCACUUUUUUAUUUAGUCCCUGUGGGACCCUUUCAUUUGUUGUAAAGCCAUUUAUAUUUUCGUGUUGAGUUUUUUGUUUGUUUGUUUGUUUUUUGCAGACGUAUUUAAACAUCAGGAGGUUUAUAUUGUAAAGGAAGAUGGUGCUAAAUGCAAAAUUAACGUUUAUAUUGAGUUAAAGUGCAUUUCUAAAUAACUCUGACUCAGACUGGCGUCGACUGUGGGUCAGUUUCUCAGGAUACGUAUUAAAUGUAAUCUUAACUGGAUUAAAUUCACAGUGGGAAUUAUAAUCCCCGUCUCAGUUUGAGAUGAAGCUUAAUCUGUGCUGAGAACCCGAACCCUGUGCAUCAGUGUAGUGUAGGAUUACAGAUCAGCAAUACAAAACAAUAAAUAUAUAAAUAAAUAAAUAAAGUGAUAUUCCUCAUUAUGAGACUGCUAUAACAAUAUUACUAAGUAAGUAAAAAAAAAUAAGCAAUUUAAGUUCAUAAGAAAAUCCCUAAAUCAUAAAACAUCUCUAAUGGUUUAAUGACUUUCUAAUAUUCUCGCAAUAUUCCCAUAGCAGUCUCUUAAUGAGAAAUAUUAUAUACAACUCUGUAAAACAAUAAGAGAGCACUUAAAAAUUACAAGUUUCUCUGAUUUUACCAAAUUGAAAACCUCUGGAAUAUAAUCAAGAGGAAGAUGGAUGAUCACAAACCAUCAAACCACCAAACUGAACUGCUUGAAUUUUUACACCAGGAGUAAAGCAGCAUAAAGUUAUCCAAAAGCAGUGUGUAAGACUGGUGGAGGAGAACAUGAUGCCAAGAUGCAUGAAAUUAAAACUGUGAUUAAAAACCAACCAGGGUUAUUCCACCAAAUAUUGAUUAUUUCUGAACUCUUAAAACUUUAUGAAUAUGAAGUUUUGAACUUGUUUUCUUUGCAUUAUUUGAGAAUAUUUUUAUUUGUAAUUUGGGAGAAAUGUUGUCUGUAGUUUAUAGAAUAAAACAACAAUGUUCAUUUUACUCAAACAUAAACCUAUAAAUAGUAAAAUCAGAGAAACUGAUUCAGAAACUGAAGAAGUGCUCUCUUCAUUUUUUUCAGAGCUGUAAUAAUAAUAAGUGUUUAUGUCCACGUCUGAGACACGUCCCCCUGUUACAGUGUCCUGUUCUGUAGUGGAGCAGAGCGAGGGAUGGAUGGAGGGGUGGAUGGAGGGGUGGAGGAGGGGUUGUAGACAUCUGUUCCCGAUGAGUCGAGUGUGUUUAGCGAUCCAUCCUCCAAACUGCUGGCAGUGAAAAGACGAGGAGAAGAAAGGAUGGGCCUCACAAAGAGAGAAACACACACAGCUUACAGAGAGAAAAGAGAGAGAGAGAAAAGAAGGAGAGAGAGAGAGAGGAUGAAUGAGGGACAGUAUUCGGAAAAGUCAAGCCAUCUGUUCACCUGUUACGUUUCUUUUUGUUUUGUUUUUUUUGGUUGCCACUCUGCAUGUCUGUCUGUCCGUCUGUCUGUCUGUCCGUCUGUCUGUCUGUCUGUCUGUCUGUCUGUCUGUCUGUCUGUCUGUCUGUCGUACCUACGCCUUGGGAUUGAUGGAGAGAAGUUUGCGAGAGGUUUGAUUGUAAAUAGCUUACCCUGUACAUUUAAACCUCACAUUUUUACACUUUUAUGUUUCUGUUUUCUUGUUUUUCUUGUAUGAUAUUAAAGCAGUUUUUCUUUUCAUUUGUUUUCUGACGUAUAUUAAAGUGCUUAAUAAACAUAUUUGCUUUACUGCAGAAAUAAA